AUAACCAGGAAGUUCUUCAUGCGUCAGUUAGAUGGUUCGCCAUCAAGAUCGCAACGAGCAAUGCUACUCUUUGUUAAGUGAAGUGCCGUAAAAUCUUGUUUUAGAACAAGAUUUACGUUUCCAACAGCCAACUGCGCUUCUAUAGAUGUUUUUCUGUUGUAGCAAAUAGAUCCGGUGAAAAUUCCCACGCGGCGUUUUCUUAUUUGACAGUAAGCUAGCGCUAGCGUGUUAGCUGCUCGGACAACAGCUCGUGAGGAUGUCUCUUCACGGCAAAAGAAAAGAAAUCUACAAGUACGAGGCGCCAUGGACGGUGUACGCCAUGAACUGGAGCGUUCGUCCGGACAAACGCUUUCGGCUGGCGCUCGGGAGCUUUGUGGAAGAAUAUAACAACAAGGUUCAGCUGGUCGGUCUGGAGGAGGAGAGCUCCGAGUUUGUCUGCAGGAACACGUUUGAUCACCCUUACCCAACCACCAAGAUCAUGUGGAUCCCGGACACCAAAGGGGUCUACCCAGACCUGUUGGCCACCAGCGGAGACUAUCUGCGCAUUUGGAGGGUUAGCGACACAGAAACACGUCUGGAGUGUUUGCUAAAUAACAACAAGAACUCCGACUUCUGUGCCCCUCUCACCUCCUUUGACUGGAAUGAAGUUGAUCCCAAUCUUCUGGGAACGUCCAGCAUCGACACCACCUGCACUAUCUGGGGCUUGGAGACGGGUCAGGUGUUAGGACGAGUAAAUCUGGUGUCUGGACACGUGAAGACCCAGUUAAUCGCUCACGACAAAGAGGUGUACGACAUCGCUUUCAGCCGCGCAGGAGGGGGCAGAGACAUGUUUGCUUCCGUAGGAGCCGACGGGUCCGUCCGCAUGUUUGACCUGCGGCAUCUGGAGCACAGCACCAUCAUCUACGAAGACCCCCAGCACCACCCGCUUCUCCGUCUCUGCUGGAACAAACAGGACCCCAACUAUCUGGCCACGAUGGCCAUGGACGGCAUGGAGGUGGUCAUCCUGGAUGUGCGUGUGCCGUGCACGCCCGUGGCGCGGCUCAACAACCACCGCGCCUGUGUCAACGGCAUCGCCUGGGCCCCUCAUUCCUCCUGUCACAUCUGCACUGCAGCCGACGACCAUCAGGCCCUGAUCUGGGACAUCCAGCAGAUGCCGCGCGCCAUCGAAGACCCCAUCCUGGCCUACACUGCGGAAGGGGAGAUCAACAACGUGCAGUGGGCCUCCACGCAGCCCGACUGGAUCGCCAUCUGCUACAACAACUGCCUGGAGAUCCUGCGCGUGUAACAGGACUUCCGUCGCUCUCAUCCCCCUGCUCUCAGUACCAGGACGUAAACCCGGUGGAGCUCUCUGAAAGUGUUCGGACGAUCAAAUCCCCGCUCUGCAAUAAUUUGGUUGACAUAAAAUGUUACUCCGCCGCUUUUCAGAGAGACGUGUUUGAGCUCUUAUUUAUUUUUGGCCCUGCAGCUGUAAAGACGCGUCAGAGCCGUCGUUUCUAAAAGCCGGACGUCUUUUAUACGUCCGGAACUCGAGCCAGCCCCGAGGCUAUCAUGAAGGGUUUAGAUGUUGUACAUUUCACCUGUUGAAUUUGUUGAGGUCAAUUCUAACUCGUUUGUGGCAGAAGACGGCCUCUCUGAUGCGUAGGAGUAUGUCGUAGCCUUUUAGUGGAUUACAUACCAUAAAUAUUCAAAGAUGCUGAACGUCGGUCUCCUUGAAGGAGGGUCAGACUUUUCAAAGUUGUAAAGUAAAACGAGACGUAUUCCUGCCUCUGUUAUCUUAAAUUGGACUACCAUGUACAGACGAACCUCUAACUUAGCAGACGUUUUGAUCGUCUUUCUAAUGACUUCUUCUUCUUCUUCUGCUUUAUUUGUGUGCGUAGAAACCUGCCUUUUUCUUUCUCGGUCCAGUGUAAGAUGGAGCUGAAGUUGUUGAAUGCGUUUGUCUUUGUUUAACACUUACGGGGUCCUUGUAGCAUGCCAUUACAAGGCAAAAUGUACAUACAUAUAAAUAUAUCAACAGCUGUUGGUAAGCCAAGUGUUCAUGUUGUAGCUCUUUUUCAUAAAGUUUAUUAUUGAAUUUGCUCUAAUAAAUUGUAUCCUUCCAUGUCUCAGACCAACUUUGUUUUCCUUGGUUGCUGUCAAAUGUGAGAAUUUUGAUUUUAGAUUUUGUGGUUUUGGAACAGAAGUGAGUCUGUUUUAUAUGCUUUGAAUAAAUAAAAUACUGAGCUGUUA